AUGUCAGAAAAACCAGCAGGUCGUACUAUUCUAGCUUCAGGUAUUGCUAAAGGUUUCAUUGAAGAAGUCGAAAAUGGGGUCAAAGCGUUAGGAAGAUCACCAAAGUUGGUUGGAUUCUUAGCAAAUGAAGAUCCAGCUGCUCAAAUGUAUGCUGAUUGGACAGGUAAAACUUCAGAGUCUUUAGGUUUCACUUAUGAACUAAGAGUUGUUAAAAAAGAUGAUUUAGAGGAAGCCAUUAUAGAAGCUAAUGAAGAUGAUGCAAUUGAUGGUAUAAUGGUUUAUUUCCCUGUCUUUGGUAACAGACAAGAUCAAUAUUUACAGCAAGUUGUGUCAUUAGAAAAAGAUGUUGAAGGUCUUAAUCAUAAAUACAUUCAAAAUAUGUAUCAUAAUGUUAGAUUUUUAGAUGCUGAAGAAUCACAAAAAUCUAUUUUACCUUGUACACCUUUAGCUGUUGUUAAGAUCUUGGAAUAUUUAGGUGCUUAUAAUAACUUACUUCCAUAUGGUAACAGAUUGUACGGUAAACAAGUUGUGGUUGUUAAUAGAUCAGAAAUUGUUGGUCGUCCACUUGCCGCAUUAUUAGCCAAUGAUGGGGCUACAGUGUUUUCUGUUGAUUUAGAUGGUAUUCAAAGAUUCACUAGAGGUGAAGGUUUAAAAUUGAAGAGACAUCAAGUCGUUGAUGUAGAUUCAACUUUAGAGGAAGUCUCAAAAAAUGCAGAUGUUAUUGUCACUGGUGUCCCAUCUGCAAACUAUAAAUUCCCUAAAGAAUUUGUUAAAGAUGGUGCUAUUGUUGUGAACUUUUCAAGUGAGAAGAAUUUUAACCCAGAUGUAAAAGAAAGAGCAAGUCUUUACGUCCCAAUGAUUGGUAAAGUCACCAUUGCAAUGUUAUUGAGAAACUUGCUAAGAUUGGCAAGCAACAGAAGCUCAAAAAAAUAG